AGGGAUUGGGACCGCUCUCAGGCAUGAGCCGCAGCCAUGACGGAGAAUUUGAAGACUCGGUUUGAUUUCCCCUGCCCCGUCAUCCAAGCCCAGGGCCCUGCGCUGGAGGCCCUGUGGCAGCAGUGCUGCGGGGACUGCGCCCUGCUGCGCUCGUCCUGCUGCGAUGCCGUGGUGCUGCUGGUGGAGCAGGGCCACGCCGACCUCCAGCACACCCUCAACAGCGUGCUCAACCUCCUGCCCUCCGCCAGAAAUGUCCAGGGGCUGAUAAAGGUCAUCGGGCGGCUGCUGCAGAUGCUGGCUGACCAGAGGGACGGGGACACACCCUUCACCUGUCCAUUUUCCAUCAGGAACAAAACGUCCUACAUCGCCAUGCUGGCGCCCUUCCUCCGGUACCUGUACUGUGAGCCCCAGAGGCAGCCCCAGCACGCUCUUCUGCGCCAGGGCCUGCUCAGAGUGCUGCUGACCAAGCAGCAGGGAACCGGACCGGACCCCCUAAACGACAAGUCCUCGGCCCUGGACAGUGUGGAGGCAGUGCUGGAGCUCUGCGGGUUCGUAGAGACCCUCGUCCAGCCCCUGACCGAGGCUCCGGGGGCCUGCCGGCUGACCGAGAGGGCGGGGCUGCUCGUGCAGCUGCUGUGUGCGUGCCGGCGAUGCCUCCAGCUCAACGGAGACUGCCGUCCACUCCUCAACCUGAUGCAGCGGCUGCUGCCCACCUGCCGGCAGGUGAGCGGGCAGCGUCCGGUCAGGUGGUGGAUCUGGGAUCGCCGCUGGUCAUCCGCUGGUCAUCCGGUUUGUGAAGCUAAACGUGUUUUGCAGGAGGCGCCCGUGGACGAGCUGCUGCUGGGCGUAGGCCUGCUCCUGCUGGACGCCCCGCCCGCUCAGCAGAGCAGCCUGCUCAGUCUGGCUUUGAGUUUAGUCCCUGAAAAAGAGGGGUGGUCCCCCUGGCUGAGUCCGGUCCUGGCCCUGCCUCUGCUGCAGCUGCUGUCCUGCUCCGGCUUCACCCAGCCGCUGUCUGACCACAGGACGCACAGCCUCAACCACAGGCUGGCCCACAGCCUGCUGGGCAGCAUCACCAAACCUGCAGAACAAGUCCCACAGCCUGGCCCAGCUCUGGCUCUAUCGGUCAGCGACUGGCACAGUGAGCUGACCGUGGCUCUGUCCGUCCUGCGUAAACUGGCCCAGGAUCCAGUGGCGGCGGCCGAUUGGCUGCUGGCGGUUCGUUCUGCCCUGUCCCCCGGCCAGCGCCCGCCCCCCUCCCUCUCUCUGGUCGUGACUCAUCUCAUCAUCACUGGCCAGGAGGACGUCUGCCAGCUGGCUCUGACCGCCGGCCAGGCCAUCGCUGCUGCUGACCCCUGCCAGGUUCCCUCCCUCCUCUCGGUGCUGCUGUUCAAACUGGCAAAGGAAAAGAACCCCAAACUGGCUCAUGCUGUGCUUAACUGCCUACCCAACCUUGGGACUCACAAGCUCUGUGUCCCCCUGGUGCUGCAGACCCUCCACAUGCUGGCCAGCUCUCCCAGGCUGAGGGCUGUCGCCGUGCGUCUCAUGACCACUCUCUGGAAAAAACAGGACCGAGUCUACCCGGAGCUGCAGCGUCUCCUGGGCCAGCAGGACUCCGGGGGGCCGGGGGGGCAGGAGGCCCAGUGGGAGCAGCUCUUGUGCCGGGCCGCCUGCCUCAGGGACAUCUGCAGAGAGAGGCCGUACCAGCAUGGAGGGGACAUGUUGGCUGCGAUUUCCCUCACCCUGAAGCAGUGCAGCAAACCAGACCUGGCAACCCCGGCUGCCUUAGCCCUACAGGGCUUACAGGAGCUGUGCCGAGCAGAGGUUGUGGACAUAAUCUCCACCUGGAAAAGUCUGGGUCCAGAGCUGAGCGGCGACUCUCGUCCACUGAUGGUUAAAGCCAUAGCGGAGCUCCUGGCCCUGGUCCCUCAGCUCACCGUCAAGUCAGAGGAGUAUGAGAAACUGAAAGAUGAAGUGGUCAGUUUCCUCUGGAGUUAUGCUUCAAGCAAGGAUCCUGAUGUGUCCAGCUGUGGCUACAAGGCCUUGGCAGGCUUUCCUGAAACGGUUCACACUAUACCUCACCUUCCUGCUGCGGCCAGACCAGCCACGGAGAUCCACGAAAAUGAGGAGAAGGAUGAAAAGAAGGAGGAGGAGGAGGAGGAGGAGAAGGAGAAGGAUCUCUCCAUUCCAGGCUCAUCUUACAUGAAACUGAUGGCACUCACCUCCGUUUCUGUUCUGCCAGCCUUUGAGCUCUUCCUGACAUCCUUGGUGAAACAGGAGAUGAGUCUGAUGCCACGGGGGGUGUACUUCUCGGCCCUGAGGGGGGGCGGUCUGCGGUCCGAUCAGGGUAAAACGGUGGCUGGAAUCCCGUCGUUCAUGCUCAAGACCUACGAGAAAAACAAGCAGCCUGGCCUGAAGCCUGGGCUAGCAGCUGGACUGCUGCUGUGUUAUGAGCUUCCUGUUCAGACGGACCGUGACGGCAGGCCGAUCGAUCGCUUUCUGGUCAGCAGAAGCCGCAGCUACCAGCAGACCCUGACCGCCCUCGUCCACGAAGUGAACAUCCAGCCCUCAGAGUGGCACCGGGCCCUCCUGCUGCCCCAGGCCUGGAGGGCUUACAUGAGCCGGGCUUUCCACGCCGUCCUGCAGGGUCGACGCGCCGACUUGGAAAUGCAGCAGAAACAAGGCAAAGAGAACCCUCAGGAGGUGCAGUACCAGCAGCACUGUGCCUGGCUGUGGGCCAGAGAUCAGCUGACAGAUGUUAUCAAAGCUGCUACAAAAGAAAGUCCUGUUGUCCAGGGGAACUCCAUCCUGGCUCUGAGUGGCCUGGCUGCUGUCCUGGCUAAGUACGAGAGCAACCUGCCGACCGAUAGCAGCGGGAGCCUCGGAGCUGGACCAGAGUUUGUGCCCACGGCCAGCUGGUUGGGCAUGGUGUUUGACACUUUGCUCAGCAUCAUCAGCAGCAGCUACAAGGCCAAAGGACAGGUGUUUCCCUGGUUCCCGCACCGCUCGUACUCAGGCGAGAACACGGCCAGCGCCAUCGCCCGCUCCUGCGCCGGCCUGGCCCUGGCCCUGCUGGUGCCCGUGCUGGUGGUGUGGCGGAGGGACGGUCUGGUCCAGGUGCUGACCGCGCUGCGGGCCGGCCUGCCCGGCUCGGCCACCGCCGACGACUCGCAGGCCGUCCAGUUCCACUCGGGCCUGGCGCUGGGCAUGGUGCUGUCCAGUCUGCACCAGCAACGCCUCAGUGACGUCUCUGCUCAUGACUCUGAGCUGCUCAUCAGCUCUCUUGAAGCUCUGGAAAAUUGCUCAUUCAACCCUAACUUGGAAUACAACACUGGCUGCAUGUUGGGUCUGGGUCUGGUGCUCUCGUCACUUUGCACAAGUGGACAGAUGGACCAAAGCCGAGUGACCCAAACCCUCGACAAACUACUGGCCAGCCUGCAGGACAGCAGCGGGCAAGGACGCAUGCUGCAAGAGGUCUUGUCCUACUCCGUGGCAUGUGUGGGCGUCUCCGCCUUCAGUGGAGGUCUUAUUGACGCCGACAAGGCUGAAGAGCUCAUGAACAGUGUGCGCACGCUGACGGAGGAGAGCCAGCAGACCCCGGGCUUCUCUCUGGCCCUGGGCCUGGUCAUCCACGGCCUGUCGGUGAGUGGCCACGGUAAAGCCGAGGACAUCCACCCUCGCCUGCUGGCCGCUUGGAUCAAGAUCCUGCUGGCCGAGGGGUGUCCCACCAUGCAGCGGCUGGCUGCUGCCAAUGGGCUGGUGGCUCUGGUGGGAUCAGAGAGUUACCUCGUUCAGCUGAAGAGUGAGCUGGAGCUCUCCACCCAGCAGCAGAGCAGACUGAACGAGGUUAUUCGUGCCAUCACACAGAUAGUAACCUAUUCCGGGGCCAUUGGUUUGCAGUCCAACAUUCCUCAGGAUUUCAGUUACCUCUCAGAGAAAAGUGUCAUCAGGUCCAUCACAGACUUUCUCAUAGAGGCUGGAAAGAAAGGUCCAGAGUUUUCCCAUCCAGCCGUGGUUAAGACAGCUCUGGCCUCCUUGGCAUCGGUUGGAGGCAGUUUCCAGUACCCCCCCCCUAAACUGGAGCGCUGUCUUAUCUCCUCUGAUGAGGCUGAGCUUCGAAAGGACAAAUGCUGUAAAACACUGUUAAUACUGCUAAAUUGUUGGUUUUUCUGUGCCCCCCCCCCUCUUAUAAUGUCUGACAGGAGAGGAUGUCCAGCAUCAGUGUAUGGUGCUGGCAGCAUCUCAAGCUCAGUCUUCCAAAAACGCCUCUCUCUUCCUGGGCUCCUGGGUCCCCGGACCCGAGCCCACCUCUACGAGAGCCUGGGCUCAUGGAUGAGGCACGUGUCCGAGGACAAGCUGCAGGUGUGCGUGGAGAGCCUGGGCCUGCAGCACUUCCAGCAGGACCUGCGCCCCCAGCGCCCGGCUCUGUGCCGCUCACUGCUGCAGGAGGUGGAUCUGUAUGUGGGCGUCGCCAAGUGUCUGUCUGAGAUGUCGGACACAGAAAUCGACAGGAUCGUUCAGGUUUCAGAGGCUCAGAUGGAAAAGACCUGCUUCCUCCUGUCCUACCUCACCUCUCAGGGCAGGCUCCCCCUUCUGAGUCUGAACGAUGUCAUCGCGGGGGUGCUGCGUGGCUGGCCCAGCCGCAGAGUAGGCUGGCUCCUCCUGCUGACCUUUUACCAGUCCGGUCUGGCUGCCGGCCCCAACACAGGUGUCUCCAAACAGAUGGAGUGGCUCCUGGAGCUGAUGGGACACAUCCGGAACGUUGCCUACGGAGCGACCCCCGUGGCCUGUGGAGACACCAGGCUGGCCACAGACUUCCUGUUCCAGCUCUUUGCCGCGGCUGUAGUUUCCUGGGGUGACCGCUCCAUGCCCCUCCUCUUUGGCCUCAGGGCCCAGUGGUUUCCAUGGAAGCCCGACUCCAAGCCCGCGUCAUUAACACACAGUUUGUACUUUGAGGAGUCGCUCCCGGACGGGGCCCUGCCCCAGUGCAUGCUGGCCGUGUCCCACAGCCUACCCCUGCUGCUGGGUAAAGAGCCCUGGAGCGCCCAGACUCACAAGUAUUUUCAGUUAAAUAAACCUCCAGGACAGGCCCCAGAGGUCCAGCUGCUGACCGCUGCUCUCCUGGCCCUAAAGUCCUCCGCUGAGUUCAGGAAGAAAGCCGUGUGGACCAGGGCUUAUGGCUGGUAG